GUCAGCACUACCCACUAGCAGUUCAGUUGGAAAACGAAAUCUUACUUAGUCAGAGGUGGUUACCAGUCGCAGUACCGAAUGUAGUUAGAGGGGAAAGUUAAAUUUUUUUGACACACGCGUCCUAAUGACGAGCAUUUCUAUGUGCACAUACCCAUUUUUUCUGUUUCCUCAGAAUUGACAGAUUCUGAGCCAUUUUAUCUCCCCAAGGACGACUUGCUGAUUCGUUAAACAUCCCCCAAUCACGCGAUUGUUUUCUCGUGUUUGUGAAUCCUGUGAAACCACGCGAGGAAAAUUACUGCGUUCUAUUUGACCUUGGCUUUUAUAUAAAACCAAAUAGAAGAGACUGUAGGAGUGCCCAGAACUAUCAAGAAGUAACCUGCAUGAGUAACAAAAUGCCAGGGCUUAACAAAAUCAUUGGACAUCACCAGUCCUUAAAUUCCAGUAAAACUGAGAAAUCAGAAAAAUGGCAUUGGCCAGGAUGGUUAAAAAAAAGGAAGCCAGCUCGAAGUUCAAACCAGUUAGUACCAAAUGUAAGCAAUGUUGUGCCUCGUGAGUAUGAAGAAGGCAUGCCUAGUCAUUCACAAGGAGGCUUAGUCAUCAAUCAACAAAGUCAGGAUCAGAUGGAGACUAUGGAAGAUAUCCUUCAAGACGAUCUGGUUUGUCUUCUUUGUCUGCAGGUCCCUAAUGAGUGGUUUACCUUAGAAUCCUGUGGUUGUAGAUUUUGUCAGCAGUGCAUGGAGAUGUAUGCUCACUGCAGUAUUAGGAGUGGAAAUGUCCCUAUAAGUUGCCCAGAUGCCCACUGUUCUCUAAACGAACAAGGAAAAUAUAAACAAGGAGGGUCCAGUCAACUCACUCGCAAUGAAGUGAGACAAUUGGUACCCAGUGAUGUGUUUCCCCUUUACUUGAGGCUGCAACUCAACACAGAGGUUGCAGUCGAUCCCAGAUUGAUGUGGUGCCCACGCCCCGGUUGUGAAACUGUAUGUACUUUAACAGAAGAAGUUUCUCAUAAAAAGACGAAGAGAAAGUUUUUCGGCUUGUUACCUAUCUCCCGCAAUCAACGCAAUCAAGCGGUGGUGUGCUCCUCCUGUCAAUUUUCUUUCUGCUCGCAAUGCAAAACUCCUUGGCACAUUGACUCACCUUGUCCGUCCCUAAGCCGAUUACUCUCAGAUCCGAACAAAAACGUGCACGAUCCGGACGACCCGAUCGUAUUGCUUGAACGUGAUGGCCACAUUAAGCGAUGCCCAUUUUGCCAGGUUCCCAUCGAAAGAGACGAUGGUUGCGCUCAGAUGAUGUGCAAAAAUUGCCGACACGUUUUCUGCUGGUUCUGCUUAGCUUCUCUCGACGACGAUUUUAUGUUGCGACACUAUGACUCAGGUCCGUGUCGGAGUCGUUUGGGCCAUUCCAGAAUUUCAGUCGUUUGGCAUAGAACACAGGUGGUAUCCGCGUUUUUGGGCCUCGGUGUAUUGUUUCUCGUGACAUCGCCGUUACUUUUGCUAGCUUCACCGUGUUUCUUCUGUUGGCGCCACCAUGCCCAACAGAAAGAGUCUUCAAUCGUGCGCAGUAAUGUAGAUUCAACCACUGCCAACUUUGUUCCCUCAUCAAGUCAAGAGCAUCUUUGACGAUUCCUUAAUAUUUGCCACGAGGAUGAUGAAAUGAUUUUGACUAUGCUGUCACCAGUUAAAUUUUGUUUUCAUUUUCGUUCAACAAUUAAUCUCCUUGACUUUUCGUCCGUAAGUGCAGAACUAUUGUGUCGAUAUAGUAAGGUUUUGAACAGUGAUACGUAUCUUUUUGACGUGCUCAAUUCCUAGCGUGAUUUGUAUCGGAUUUGUAUCCAUACCUUACUUCUCAUAAUAUUUUCGUGCAAAACAUUUUUGCUUCAUCAUUGCCAAUAUGUAUAUGACGCUGUGCAAAAUUAAUCAAGUUAUAAAUAAACGUUAAACAGGUUA